CAGUGGGUCUUAAUAUUCUUUCAUUAUUUACGUUCUGGGUGAUGACUGAAUGAUUAGAUUCCAAUAUAUAGCUCAAAAAAAGAAUAGAUUCCAAUACAUUACUGGGUGAUGAACUAAACGCCAUUGGCGCGGCGUGCAGCAUGCUGGUUCAUGAAGCAUCGGUCAUGCUGUAACUACUACGAACUCCCAUCUAUAAAUUGAGAUAAUGCAGUAUCAAAUCCCCACAACGCCACACAAAAGAACAAAGAAGAAGAAAGAUAAUAUUAAUUAGCAAUUAGCCAAAAAAAAAAAAAUGGCUCCAGCUUUGGAAAAGAAGCAAAACCAGGAAGGUGGCCAUACAAAUAUUACACAGAAUUUCGCUAUUUACGAGAAUAUACUUGAAACUAAGGAUCCCGAACCAACACUGGAGCAGCAAAACCAAGCUGGAAAACAUCAUGGGUUUGGACACAAGAGUCUUUUACAGAGUGAUGCUCUUUAUCAGUAUAUACUUGAAACCAGUGUUUAUCCUAGGGAACCUCGACCAAUGAAAGAACUACGCGAAUUGACAGCAACUCAUAAAUGGAAUGUCAUGACAACUUCAGCUGAUGAAGGGCAAUUCUUGAGCAUGCUGGUUAAGCUAAUCCAUGCCAAGAACACUAUGGAGAUUGGUGUUUACACUGGUUACUCUCUUCUUGCCACUGCUCUUGCUCUCCCUGAAGAUGGCAAGGUAUUGGCCAUCGACAUUAAUCGUGAAAACUACGAACUGGGUCUACCAAUCAUUAAAAAAGCUGGCGUUGCUCACAAGAUUGACUUUAAAGAAGAACCUGCACUUCCUGUUCUUGAUCAAUUGAUUCAGGAUGGAAAACACCAUGGGACAUUUGAUUUUAUCUUUGUUGAUGCUGACAAAGACAAUUACCUGAACUAUCACAAGAGGACAAUCGAGCUUGUUAAGGUUGGAGGAAUAAUCGGCUACGAUAACACCUUAUGGAAUGGUUCUGUUGUGGCACCACCUGAUGCACCAUUGAAGGACAUUAUCAGGUUCUAUAAGGAAUAUGUGUUGGAGUUCAAUAAGGCCAUAGCUGCUGAUCCAAGGGUCGAGAUUUGCCAGCUCCCUGUUGGUGAUGGGAUUACUCUGUGCCGCCGUAUUAGCUGAUCAUUUUAAAUUUGCAGUCGUAUAUUGCUGCACUUUUAUAUGAUGUAUCCAGUUAUAUGAUAUUUACAAAAUUGCAAGCAUCCCCACUAUUAUUAGAAGGGGAAUUAUGAAGUCUUAGCGACUCAAAAUGCUACAUAAUAAAGAAUAGUUAUUUCAGUA